AUGGCUUCAUACGUGUACUUCAAGUUCAAAUCGCAGAAGGAGCCGCAGCGCGUGACUAUCGAUGGCCCUCACACCGACGUCUGGAACCUCAAGCGUGAAAUCAUGUCGAUAUCUCGACUAGGAGAUGGUACCGACAUUGAUCUGAAGAUCUACAAGGAGGACGGUGAAGAUGAAUACACCGACGACACAGAGAUAAUUCCCAAAGAUUCGACCGUUCUCGCACGUCGCCUACCCGCCUCCGCUCCUGGAAAGGGUAGAGCUGCUCGAUAUGUCUCAGGCAAACCUCCCGUCAGUGCCAGACUCACUGCUGCGAGUGGCAAACCGGCUGCGCAGGUCGAGCUCACAGCAAACAUGACCGAGAAAGAAAGACUAGAGGCCAUGUUCAAGUUCACAGAUGCUCAGUGGCAACAGAAACAAGAAGAAAUGGCACAUGAGACGAAGGUACACUUCCAGGGCACCAAACCAAGACAAAAGGCCAAUGUGCCCGAAGGCGAGCCCCCGCAUGGCUACAUCUGCUACCGGUGUGGCAAGAAAGGUCACUGGAUUCAAGCUUGUCCAACCAAUGAUGAUUCGUCAUACGACAACAAGAACCGUAUCAAGCGCACCACUGGCAUUCCUCGAUCAAUGUUGAAGAAGAUUGAACAGGAGGACAUCGACAAACUAGAUGAUCAGCAAAGACAGCAUUUGAUGGUCAACGCGGAGGGCGAGUAUGUCUUUGCUCAGGCAGAUGAGAAGACAUGGAAGAAGCAUCUUGAGCAAGUCAAAGCCUCCGAAGCUAGCAAGAAGAAUGCGGCAGAAGAUGAUAAGGAGAUCGUGGAACGUGGCUUGGCAUGUCCUAUCGACAGUCGGCUUUUCGUUGAUCCAAUGAAAACACCAUGCUGCGGGAAGACGUAUUGUCACGACUGCAUCGAGAAUGCUCUGUUGGACAAUGAUCUCACUUGUCCUGGUUGUGAGACGCAGAACAUUAGUCUCGAGGCUCUGGUGCCAGACGAGGAUGUGAAAGCCAAUAUCAAGGCAUAUCAGGAGGAGAAAUCAAAUGACAAGCAACGUUCUAGAAGCCCUACUGCUUCGGUGGCUACUCCAAAGCCAGACGAAGCAGCCGGGAGUGAUAGUCGACCAGUCACCCGUGACGGUAGCAAGACUCCUGUGUCGGAGAAUGGUCAGGGUAAAAAGCGCACAGCCGAUGAGGCUAACGAAACUUGCAAUGGUAAUCUGGAAGUACCCGCCAUGAAACGACAGAAGUCUGGUGAAGGCACACCAGCUCCUGCCGAGUCGAAAGAUGCCAGCACUUCAGCAGACUCAACAGGCGAUGCCAAGACCACUGAGUUCCCCGUCGACAUGAUGCCACCCGACUUCUCACAGAUGAAUAUGCCAAAUAUGGGCAUGAACUUCCCUAUGAUGCCGAACAACAUGAUGGGAAUGGGUAUGCCGAUGGGAAUGAACAUGAUGCCGAUGAUGGGCAUGAUGCCAAACAUGAACAUGAAUAUGAUGGGUAACAUGAUGGGCGGCCUGCCCAACAUGAAUGGUAUGAACGGCAUGAACGGUGUGGGCAACUUCGGUGGCAUGAACGGCAUGAACGGAAUGAACAACAUGAAUCCCAACAACCAUUUCAACGGCAAUAACAACCACCGAGGCAACUUCAAUAACAACAAGAAUCAUCAAUUUCGCAACAAGCGCGGUGGCGGCUUCAACAACCAUGCUGGCGGUCCUCCUGCUCAACAAAUACCACCUAAGCAACCAGAAGGUCUUAGCAAUGUGCCCACUGGUCCUAAGGCCAUGAAGCCCAAUGGUGCAAACAACAACGGAGGCUAUCCACCUAGCGGCCCUGCAGGUGGCAAGUUUGCAAACCAGCAGCGGUACAAUGGUCCGGAGACGGCGAAUGCAUACCAGAGAGCGCCCGUCAACCCGCAGCGCGGAGGAUGGAAGAACAAGCGUGGGAAGGCGAGGGAUGCGGAUUAUCGGGAGCUGUAG